AAGAGGUGUCGCCACAUCACAGAUGAUCACAGAUCACCUGCAAGCUAGCUUUAAAUAGAAUUUCAUCAUCUUCAAGUCGUAUUUGAAUUAUGUUGGAUGUGAUACACAUAACAGCGUAUUGGUUGUAAAAGUGGCUGUUUAUAAAAGUUUUCUCGAAAGUUGUAUACAGGAAUGUAAAGAGCUGCAUGGAAACUCAAAAAUGGCACCAAAAAAUAAAGUGAACAGUGUACCUGGAAAUAAAAAGAAAAGACAAGUUUCAGAGGAGGAAGAUGAUGAAGAUUACAGAAAACGCAGGGAUAGAAAUAAUCAAGCUGUAAAACGUUCUAGAGUUAAGAGUAAGUUACGUACUCAGCAAACAUUGGAACGUGUAAACCAAUUGAAGACAGAGAAUGAACUACUUGAGGAAAAAAUUAAAAUGCUCACUAAGGAACUAGGAUUUUUAAAAGAUCUUUUCCUUGCACAUGCAGGUUCAAGUCAACAUUCAGUGAAUUUUCAAGAUCUAGAUUUGAACGCACUUUUGGCUGAUGAUAUAAAGCCUCUACAACAGUCAAAAGAAGGAACUAAGCUAUAGGCUACAUUAAGUUCCACGUGAAGGAAGUAACGUGGUAUUGAUAAAAUCUGAAAUAAAGAUGUACUCUAGUUGGUCCAAUUCCAGCAACAAAAUAGACAUCUUGGAAAGAUGUCUACACCUAAUUGAUUUCUAACUGGAUUGAGGAGCAUAAAAUCUUUACAUUUGGCGAUUUAUUGCACUUGAAAUUGAUCAAUAUUGAAAUUUGAGGCGCUAUACGAGGGAGUGUACAAAAUUUAAAGUAUGGAUGGGUGUUGAAAAAUUGAACAAGUUUCACACAAGAAGUACAAAUCAUUCUUAAUGAAGGAAGAAAAUAAUGCAGAUGUUAACUACAUUUUGACAUCUGUUUGGGAAGUAACUUAAAAUGAAAAUUAAAAAGAUGCCUUCAUGUAGAUAAACAUAAGCAUCCUGUACAUGUGAAUUCGUAUUUUAUAUGAAGAAAGGAACAUACAUUAUUGUUUCUUAUAAUAGCACUGUUUUAAUCAUUCCAGUGUAGUAUUUUAAUUUGUCAUUUGGAUAUUUUAUGCAGUUACGAAUAUACUUGAUAAUCUAGUAAUCUAGUAAUUCAUAAAGCAAUGACAAGAAAUAAUACAAGAAAUAUAUAUAUAUAUAUAUAUAU